AUGGACCAAAAUUUAAAACAAGUAAUAACACUAGAUUUUUACCCUCAUGAAAUUUUAAUAAAAAUUGUUGAUUAUGUCGGAAUUGAAAAUUUGAUAAACUUAUUAACGGAUCAGAAUCAACCAUUCCUUGAUUCACAUCAUAAUUUAAAAAGUUGUAUUAAUCAUGUAAUUGAAAAUGGUAAAUUUUUACAAUAUAAUAAUAGAAUUAAUAGACCUUCAUAUAUUCAUAUGUAUUUAAGGAUUGAGAAUUUUACAAAUAAAUCAAAUUUAUCAUUUUUAUCAAAUGAAGAAGAUUUUUUAAUAUUGAAUAAUUAUUGUUCGAGAAAUAAUUUGAAAAUUGAAUUAUAUAUAUCUUACUAUAUUUGGAACUUGAUAGAUAUAAUAAAUUUUAGAAGACUAGUUACAAAUAUUUCGAUCAUUCACAAAAAUGAUGACUCAAUUAAAUAUAAUAUUGAAUUAGAAUUUCAACCAAGUUUUCAAUAUUUUUUAAUUUUAAAUUCAAUUUUUGAAAAACUUUUAAAAUUUGGCUCCAAUAUAAAUUCAAUUACAAUUGAUGAUUAUAAUUUAAAGUUUGAUUUAAAUUUAACUAAAUUUCCAAAUUUGAAAAAAUUAUGGUUAAAUAAUUGUGAAAACAUUACAAUUACAGGGUUAAAAGAGCUGAAAUUAGAAUAUUUGAAUCUACAUAAAAUUCAGAGAGAUAUUGUGGAAUUAAUCGUGGAAGAUUAUUUAAAUAUAGAUGAAAUUCCACCAACUGUACAAGAUCUACGACUAAGUGAUAUUAAUAUUACUAAUUGCAUACGCCACCAAAUUGCAACAUUGACCUUAGACACAAUUAACUUCGUCGAUCUUGAGACUAUUUCCACUUUAAUUAAUUCUACUUACAAAAACCUCACCGUGAGAUUUGAGUUGAUUGCAUUUGAUAUAUACCUACAUGCGAGAGAUACUAUAGGUCCUCAUAUUAAAGUAAACCACCCUUAUCAAUCUUUUACAUCAAACUUACCAGUCAUACCUCAAAUUUCUGCAUUGCAAGAAUUAUGUAUUCAAAAUCUUCAUGACCCUGAACUGCUAUAUAAUCUCAAAUUCAAUGAUACAUUGAAAAAAGUCACCUUUUCAAAUAAUGAAAUUGACAAUUUGUCAAGAUUAAUAAGAAAAUUUUCAAGUUUUGACAAGAUUGAGUAUUUAAAUUUAGCAGAUAAUCCAAUAGAUUGGCAUAAUUGUACCAAAAACUUUGAAAAUUUUAUAAAUUUGAAAUAUUUGAAACUAUCAAAUACUCAUAUUGGUUUAAAUUUACCAUUGAUUAAUCUCCCAGACUCAAUUGAGCAAUUAUCAUUAGAAGUCAAUCAAAUUGAAUCAAUUGAUCAAAUUAAAUUUCCUCAAAAUUUGGUAAAUUUAGGUAUUGGUUCAAAUAAAAUAAGAAUAGUUUAUAAACCAAAUUUCCCCAUUACUUUAAAAACAAUUCAUUUUACUGAAAAUUUGAUUUCAAAAGUUGAUUUAUCUACCAAUAAUAGAGGUGAAAUAUUGAGAAUUGAAAUAUUAUAUUUAAAUUAUAAUAAAAUUAAUAAUAUGGCUAAUUUAAAAUUACCAAAUAGUAAUACUUUGAAAAUUUUGAAUUUGGAUAGAUGCAAUAUUCCAAAUUUAGAUUUCAAAAUAUUACCAAGUAUUGAAGAAUUAAGUUUUAUUGGGUGUCUGAUUGAAGAAGUUCAUUUAGAUUGUGAAAAAGAACAUUAUAUUUGUUCAAAAUUAAAGUAUUUAUGUUUAUCACUAAAUAGAAUUAAAACAUUUUCAAGUGAGACAAAAUUGCCAAACUCGAUAUUGAAUCUAAAUUUAUCAAUAAAUGAAUUUUCCAAAAUUCCAACUCAGAUAUCAAACUUAAAGAACUUGGAAAGUUUAAUUUUAUCAGAAAAUGACUUCACUUCCAUAACGUACGACUUUAGAAGGAACUAUAAUAUAAAAAGUUUGGACUUAUCAUUUAACAAUACUUCCAAUUUAAAUUUAUCAUUUCCAAAAGGAUCAUCAACAAAUUUACAAAUAAUUAAUUUAUGUUCAAAUGAACUAUCAGAUUUCAAUAUGUCAAUGAUAGGUCACGAUCCUAAAUCCAAAACACUACAUUCAAAUCUAAUUGAAAUAGAUUUAAGUGACAACCAUAUACCAAAAGAACUGCUUGAAAAAUUAAUAAAUUCAAAUAACGGAGUCGAUGCUUUGCCAAACUCACUUGAAUUAUUAAUGUAUGAAACUGCAAAUAAACACGAUUAUAACACGUUCCAUGCGAUUGAUGCUUAUGAAGAUCAAUACAGUAUAAUACCUGAUUAUGAAACUAGUUUAAAUGCUUUAAGUAGAUCUUUUUGUGUUGGUAAAAGGGUAGAUUUACCAAGUGUUUCCUAG